CCAGACUUGUGUCCAGCAUUUCUCUCAACCAACAAAAAGACUAUAUCUUUCGUAACAUGGCACUUGAUAUAUCACAUCCCGACUUCUGGACUCGGGCCCUCCAAUUUACCCCCAAUAUUCACCGUGAUCUGUAUCCUGCGAUCAGUCACGAGGCAGCAAGUAUUCAACAGAUUGCUCAAGGCAAAGUUGUGAUAGUCACGGGUGCUGGAAGUGGCUUCGGCAAAGGAGCUUGUUGGCAGUGGGCAAAAUCUGGUGUAGCAGCCAUCGCCCUGGCAGGACGGAGACAGCAGCAACUUGACCAAGUGAUCACGGAACUGCAGGCAGUGGCUCCACACACCAAAUACCUUGCAGUUCCAUGCGAUGUAUCUUCACUCGAGGAUACAGAGUACUUGUUUGACCAAGCUAUGGCCAGCUUCGGCCGCAUUGACGUGGUUGUGCAUGCCGCUGGUGUGCUUGGUCCCGUGAACAAUGUUGGCGACACUCCAGUUGACGACUGGUGGAGAGCUUUUGAAAUAAACGCCAAAGGAGCAUAUCUCGUGUCAAGAGAGCUCGUUAGGAGAACGUCGGGCCAAUCGUCGACCUUUAUCAAUACAGGAACUGCAGCAUCUUACUUCGCCAGCCCAGGGCAAUCUGCGUACACCAUGUCUAAGCUGGCCGUCAACAUGCUCCUAGAUCAGCUUCACGCAGAGUAUCCAGAAUUAAGGGUUUUUAACGUGCAUCCCGGAAUGGCAAAGAGUAGCGUUCUGCGACCUGAACUGGAGAUCUAUGCAAAAGAUACUCCUGAGCUUUUCGGUGGCCUCACGGUGUUUCUGGCUGGAAAUGAAGCCGAUUUCUUGAGAGGUCGAUUUAUUGCAGCAAAUUGGGAUGUGCGGGACCUAGUGAAGUACCAGGAACAGGUUGUAGCCGGUGGACUGUUGAAAUCACAGCCCUUCAAGGGCAAUAUAGGGGAUGGAGGCCAUUUUUCCAGCGAUUAA